UCGACUCUGUUGACCAACACCGACACCGACCAUGAUGAGGGUGGCAGUAGUGGCUCUUGUCGUGGCUGCAGUGUGCAUCAGCAGCUGCCAUGGCAUGUACUUUGUGCUUGGCAACACUGAAAAGUGCUUCCAGGAGGAGGUGGAGAAGGACACGCUUGUGGUGGGACACUACAAUGUGCGCAACCUGGAUGAUGCGCGGGCAAACUACGAUGACGUGGCCAAGUAUGGCCGCCAGCCGCCGCCGGGAGUGACAGGCAUGGAGCUCGCCAUCACUGUUUCUGUUCGCGAUCCCUCGGGUCGCAUUCUGUUUGCGCAAAAGGGCGACGAGUCGCAUCGGUUUGCCUUUACCUCGCACGCCGAUGGCGUCCACACAAUAUGCGUCCGCCCCACGACGACCGGCUCGUGGUUCUCAGGUGCCCGCAAGGUCCUUGUCGACUUUUCGCUUGAUGUCGGCGAGAUGGCCAUGGACUUUAAGGAGAUUGCGCGCGCCGAGCACUUUUCCGAGCUCGAGGGCUCGGUCUACAAGCUCCGUGCCAUGAUGCGCGACAUUGCCGACUCGCAGGCGUAUUUUCGCAAGCGCGAGCAGCGGUUCCGUGAGACGACAGCGUCGACCCACUCGCAGUCGCUCUUCUGGUCUGUUGUCCAGAUCCUUGUCAUGUUUGCCUCGACCUGCACGCAGAUGUACUUUUUCAAGACCUCGUUUGCCUCGUCACGCCGGUUCUUCCUUGGCUGGUGAGAUGCAAUAAAACCGUGCAGCAAACGAGA